UGCGCAUGCGCAUUUCAAUCACCCUGCUUGAGCGACAACAUUUGAACUGCGCAUGCGCACUGGUCGGUUUAUCGGCAGCGGUGAAAAUGGCGUCGGUUACAAAUUACAGUGGCUACAAUCAGGCUGGUGCUCAGCAAUCGUACGGCGCGUACGCAGCCCAGCCCACUCAGGGAUACGGACAAACGACACAGCAGGGCUACACUCAGCAGGACUACGCGUCUUACGCCCAGCCCGCUGCCACCGACUCUGCUUACGGCCAGACAGCCUCCUCUGCCGGGGGAUACACGCAGCAGCAGCAGCAGUACGCAGCCUCGUACGGACAAUCCGCCACGCCAGCUGCUUACGCUGCUCCUCAGUCUGGAGCUCAGGGCUACACUCAGCCUGCACAAGCCUACGGGACUAGCAGCUAUGCUACCACCACCGCCGCUCCUCCCGCCACUCAGGCGUCGUACGGCACGCAGCCGGGAUACGCCGCUCAGUCCGCUUACUCAGGAUACAGCCAGCAGGCCGCCUCGGCUCCACAGAGUUACAGCGCUAGCACUCAGUCCACCUACACCCAGGGGGGGUAUCAGGCGCAGCAGCCGGCCUACGGGGGGCAGCAGCAGCAGGCCGCCUACGCUCAGGGCCCACCGCAGCAACCUCCCUCUGCCACCUACCCUCCUCCUCCAUCCAACGGAUCCUACACCCAGCCCCAGUACAGCCAGCCCGGCGCUCCUCAGAGCGGCUACGACCAGUCCGGACCCUACGGUGGUUACGGUCAGGGCGGCGUGAGCGGAGGUUACGGCGGCUCUCAGCCGCCGCAGCGCGGUGGUUACCCGGGAGACGGCGCCGGUCGUGACGGCUACGACAGGCCAGGGAUGCGCGGCGGUCCUCGGGGUCGCGGCCCGAUGGGUCGGGGCAUGGGCAUGGCUGGAGACAGAGGUGGCUUCAGUAAGCCUGGUGGACCUAUGAGGGACGGAAUGGAGGGACAUCCAGGAGAGCAGGAUGAGUCCGAGAACAGCACCAUCUACAUCACGGGGCUGACGGAGAAGGUCACGCUUCCCGACAUGGCCGAUUUCUUUAAACACUGCGGCACCAUACGGAUAAACCGGCGCCUGAACCAGCCGGCCAUCAACAUCUACACCGAUAAAGACACGGGCAAACCGAAGGGAGACGCCACUCUGUCCUACGACGAGCCUUCCUGUGCCAGAGCCGCCGUGGAAUAUUUCAACGGUAAGGAGUUCCAGGGGCGGAGACUGAACGUGUCGAUGGCGAGGAGGAAAACCGUACCAGGGCUCAUGAGGGGAGGAAUGCCCAUGAGAGGAGGACCUAACAUGAUGGAUCGUGGAGGUAUGAUGGGUCGAGGCGGAGACAGAGGCGGCUUCCCUCCCCGUGGAGGUCCUCGGGGUGCCAUGGCCUGGGGAGGACCACCGGGAGCCAACAACGUGCCCAAGAGAGCCGGAGACUGGGAGUGUCCCAACCUUGGUUGUGGGAACCAGAACUUCGCCUGGAGGACAGAGUGUAACCAGUGCAAAGCUCCAAGACCUGAAGGCAUGGGUGUGUGAUCAGGUGGAGACCGGGGUCGAGGCGGGAUGUUCCGCGGGGGCAGAGGGAUGGAUCGCGGUGGGCCGGGGGGAAUGCGAGGAGGCUGGGCGGGAGAACCCGGAGGCUUCAGGGGCGGCCGAGGAGGAAUGGACCGAGGAGGAUUCAGAGGAGGAAGCCGCGGAGGACCUCCGAUGGACCGCGGCGCGAGGAGAGGGAUGGGACCAGGAAAGAUGGAUAUGAGGGAUCAGCGUCAGGAGCGCAGAGACAGACCGUACUGAAGCAUUUCACACAACUGCAGUGAUGAAACCUGUGUAAAAGCUUUUUUUAAAUGGUCUUUUUAAUUCCUAGUCCAUAUUUAUACAUGGUUAUGUAAUCGCUGGCACAUACAC